UAGCGGAGACAAAUACGGCAAUGUCUUCUUGUUUCGUGUCAACGCGCAGCAUUUCCACGAAAGGAAGCCAGCGGCCGAAGCUCGAUCGGUGACGCCGCGACGACGAAAUUCGCCGACCACGAACCCCGAACUCCGAUUCGGCGCCCCACCCCCGCGACCGUGCUCGAUCGCCGCCACUUUCUAGAUCUCUCGCCCUCCUCCCGUCGCGUCGGUUCUCGGAUAAUUCUUUUUUUAUCAGCUUUUUGGGGAUCUGGAAAUGCCAGGGAAUUAAGAAACUCAAGUAGAAUCUGAAUUCAGCAAGGAUAGGUACUAUGAUGUGACGAGUUAAGCAGCUGUUUGACAGGCAGCAAGUGCACUAUGUUAGGUCCUGGCAAUAAUUCUGGCAAGUGCAGUAAUACGUCUUCAUUGGAAGUGCCUCCCUUGCCCCAAUGUUUGUCACUUGAGCCAAUUACAUUAGGCAAUCAGAAACAUGUACGAUCGGGAGAGAUCAGGAGGGUCCUUGCUUUCCCUCUUGGCAGUACAUCAGAGGGGCAUUCAUUCGGAGUGAACCAGCCUAAGCCUUCUGCUGUCAUGGCAACCAAGGAGCUAAAGCAUAUCAAAGAAAGUGUUGAAGAUGCCUCGAGAAAAGCAAAGGACAGAGCAAAGAUGUUCCGGGAGUCCAUCUUUAAGCUGGAAAAGUACAGGGAGAACCUGAGCUCAAAGAAGCGACAAAGGACUGAUAUCUUAUCCAUUGAGAGGUCUGGGGUUGACCUGGAAAAGGUGAAAAGUCAACUUCGUGGAAGCCCUCGUGACAUGGUCAAUGCGAGGCUAGAGCAGAGGCCGAAAAAUGUUGGAUUGGUUAAGCGUGUCCGUACUUCAGUGGCAGAUAUGCGGGCUGAUACCAAGUCCAUUUCUGCCUCGAGGCAGCCGGCACUUAUGGAAAGAAAUGAAGAAAAGGUCCAGGUUGGUAAUGGUCUUUUAGUUCGAAGUGAAGAAAAGAUCCGCCGGGUGGCUGCUCCAGGUGAGAGUUGGGAGAGGAAAAUUAAGAGGAAGCGAUCUGUAAGUGCUGUAGGCAACAGAACUGUAAAUGGUGAUGGAGAUCCAAAGCAAGUUAUGCAGUCUAAACUGCCUGCUGAUUCCAAGUUGCAAUCUGGUGAUGGUCACAUUUUCAGGUCAAAAACUUCUAAUGGCGUGGGUGGAACAAACAAGUUGAUCAGCCGGGUUGAGUCUCCUGGUUCAAAUGCCUGUGCAGUUCUCAAGAAUGAGCUGGAGACAGCCCCUUCACCAAGGGAUGGUACUGAUUUGCUGGAGCAGAGGGUUUUACUGAAAGGAAACAAGUCAAACUUUGAGGAGGGUGAUCUGGCUAGUGGUUCUGGUUCAUUAAUUAAAGGAAAGGCCUCCCGAGCACAACGAACAGGUUCGCUUAUGGUGCUUGAUUCAUCUCCUAGCAUUCAUCCUUCACCUGGAGCUCUUGAAGAUUGGGAACCACCUCCAAAGUCAAAUAAAAUUAUGGCAGCUGGCAUCACGAAUGAUAAAAAGCAUCCUGUGUCUCCCGGUGCAACUUCACAACCAAUGGCACAAUGGGUUGGGCAGAGACCACAUAAAAAAUCACGCCUUCGAAGGGCAAACCUAGUCUCUCCUGUUGUGAAUCCUGCUGACAAGACUCAGAAUCUAGCGCAAGGCUUUGCGACACCAGAGCCCAAUCGUAGAAAUUCUGCAACUGGAAGCAGUGGAUCUUUGAUUGGACGCAUAUCAGGUAAUGGCAGCAUGAAGAUCAAGAAGGAACCUGACAUUUCAUCGCCAUUUGGCAUGCCUGACAAUGAAGAAUCAGAAGCUUGGGAAAACGGACUGAAAGAAAAAGGGAUGGAUGGUGGUGAAAUUUCUGCAUCUCAUAGUGCUGGGGUUAAUGUUUUGCCUGUGAAGAAGGGUAAAGUACUUUACGAAAUGGGAACAGUGAGAAAACAAGGGCGGAGUGGAAGAGGUUUGUCUAUGACAAAGUCAAGCGUUUCUCCACAGGAGAGGAUGGAGGACCUAAUACCAGCAAAACCACCUCAAAGUGUGAGGCUCAGUUCAGAUAGAAACAAAAGUAAAUCAGGCCGACCUUCUUCGAAGAAGUUGAAAGAUAAGAAGGCUGUGGCUCGGGUUGGGUUGGUGCUAAAUGCCGGCACUUCCGAUAUUUCUGGUGAAAUGGAUGAUGAUUUUGAAACUUUACUUGCUGCUGUAAAUUCUGCUCGAAAUGCUUUCAAUGUCGCAUUUGUUAGUACACUUUGGAAGAAAAUGAAACAUGUUUUUGCUUUUGUGAGUCCUGAAGAUGAGUCUCACUUAAAGCAACAGCUCAAUCGCACUGAGGAGCUUCAUGAGAGUUUGUCAUUCAUUAUCAAUCAUGAUGCUUUGGGCGCAGUCGUUCACAGAGAAGAUUCUGACCGUCCUGGUGGACGAGAAGGGAACCAUUUGGAUGAGGAAGCAUCUCAUAAUGCUAUAUUAUCUGGCAGAUUUGACAUUGGGAGUUUGGACAAGGGUACUCCGUUGUAUCAGAGAAUUCUUUCGGCUCUAAUUGAGGAUGGCAGUGAAGAACUCUACCAUCACAAUGAAGGCAAAAAUUUGUCUCUUCAGAGCGUGAGCGAUGAUUCUCAUUGUGGUUCAUGUAACCAGAUAGACAUAGAGUCCAGAGAAAAGGAUAGGAUGGAAUCUGAAGUCGAGUCAACUGUGGAUUUAUGGAAUCAGAAAGUUAACGUUCUGGACAGAUUUUCUGCUGAUAAAAGUGCUGCCUCUAGCACAGUUAGGAAUUCAAGCAUGUCGACUUCUGUUUACAGCAACGAGCAUUCAUUUGGAGAUGAUGAAUACUCCCAUUCAGAUGCAGCCAUUGUCAGUGAAAUAUGUUCAGAUGAUAUGGGACAGCUGCCAAAGAAGGAAUUGAACGUCUCUGCCUUUCCUUACCAUGAUGGUCAAUAUCAAUCUAUGUCUCUUGAUGACAGGCUUCUGCUUGAGCUAAGGAGUAUUGACAUACAUCCAGAAAUAUUGCCUGAUCUAACAGAUGACACGGAGGUGAUUAAUCAAGAUAUUGCAGAACUGAGGGAAGGGCUAUACCAACAGAUUGUCAGAAAAAGGACAAAGUUGGAGAAAGUGGAUAAAGCUAUAAUGAGCGGAGAAGAUGCGGAAAGACGGAAAGUUGAACUAGAAGAGAUUGCUAUGCAACGACUUGUUGAGAUGGCCUACAGGAAAAGAAUGGCAUGUCGGGGCAGCAGCACUUCAAAAGCUUCAGUGCGAAAGGUUUCAAAGCAGGUUGCGUUGGCUUUUAUUAAGCGCACGCUUGUGAGAUAUCAAAAGUAUGAAGAUACGGGCAUCAGUUGCUUUUGCGAGCCUGGACUGCAGGAAAUCCUCUUUGCACCGCUGUCUAGCAGUAAUGAUGCAAAAUCUGUUGAGUGUGUCGGCUCAGGAACAGCAAGCAAUUCAUGCAUCAAUGUUCCGAAUCCAGGGCCACAGGUGCUGUCUCUAGCACAUUUGAAAGGUGCGACUCUCUCGGGAAGAAGAAGGAAAUGCUAAUUGAUGAUGUCAUGGGGUGUGCUUCCUCAAAAGUAACAUCGAUUGACAGCUCCAUACUUGGCGAAACAAAGGUUAAGAGAGGUGAGAGGGAGAGGAAUACGACUGUUACUACUCCAUCUGCAGGGGGUGGUCAACAAUCGCUCCAAAGCCCCGGGGUUGAAUGCAAAACCAAAGCAAAAUCGAAGCAGAAGACCAGUGAUCAUCCGACUUCAAGAGCAAGGCCUGGGAAUGGAUUUCCAGAAUCGGCAAAUACCUCUAAUCACGCGAUUAACGCAUCACUUGGUCGAUCGAAGGCGGGUAAUAAUGGACGAGGAGACUCCACUAAUAAUGUGGAUGAGCCCAUGGAUCUGGCAAAUCUCGGGCUUGGUGGGAAUCAAGAUCUCAGUUCGUUUUUGGACUUUGACAUGGAUGGGAUGCAAGAACACGAUUCUGUUGGUCUCGAAGUACCACCGUGGGAUGAGUUCGCAUUCGACUUUUAAAGCUAGGACGGCGCACAAGAUUUCGACUUCAUUAAUCUGCAAAUGCUGGAGCUGGGGGUGACUUAUAUGGUGCUGUGUUGUUCCAUUAUUGAUCAAGGGUGCAAUGUGUAGAGUUAGGCAAUGAAAAUUUGCAAUUCUCCAUUUUACCAGAUCGUUGGGGCGCAAGCAGAUUCAGAAUUGUCAUUUUGAUUCUUUGUUGUACGCUAAUCCCCAAUAGUAAACAAUUUUGCCCAUCCAAAGUUACAA